AGCCACAGGGGAGACGGAGGCGAUCGCGCGUGCGCGCGGCCCGGCGCCCCCUGUAGGUGCCGGGGGCGGCCCCGGGAGCCUCCAGGUCGGGCCCCCAGACCCGGCUCCGUCGCCUAGGCUUGGGCGGAGGCGGCCUCAAGCCUCGGCGUCUCCUCUGUCCUCGGGUUCCGUCUACCUCACAGAGCCCAGGGGGUGGGGAGCGCGCUGGGCCAGCGGGCGGCCGUCACUCUGCGUGCGGGGCGCCGGAGGGAAGGAGUCAGGCCGGGGCGCCAGGCUGACCUCUGGACGGUCCUCACGAGCCCCCAACGUAGGCUGUCGCGGCCCCCAGCCUCAGGUAACCAUGUGCGACCGUAAGGCAGUUAUCAAAAAUGCGGACAUGUCCGAAGAAAUGCAACAGGAUUCGGUGGAGUGCGCUACUCAAGCGCUGGAGAAAUACAACAUUGAGAAGGAUAUCGCGGCCCACAUUAAGAAGGAGUUUGACAAGAAGUACAACCCCACUUGGCACUGCAUUGUGGGGAGAAACUUCGGCAGUUAUGUGACACAUGAAACCAAACACUUCAUCUACUUCUACCUGGGCCAGGUGGCCAUUCUUCUGUUCAAAUCUGGUUAAAAGCAUGGACUCAGCCACAAACCCAAUGAUCCAUCCAAAAACAAGAACUGCAGCCUAAAUUCCAAAUAUCAGAGACUGCCUUGCCAAGGGAACACCUCAGUCUUUGAACCUUCAUUGUGUUUUGUGCAGGGCAUACUGUGUACUAGUGGUUAUAAAACAGUUAGCCAACAACA